CGCCUUCUCCGAGCCGAGGUCGUCGGGGUGGUGCACAUACAUAACAGCCCGCCUACCUGCCUCCUUCUCCUCCAUCCUGCAUGUCCUUCGUCGUCCAGCAUUACCCAAAUCCCCCACACCAACUGCAUCUCACCGAUGGCCUCGACCACGACAUGGAACACCCUCCCGGUAGAAAUGAAAUUGUCUGUUGUCGAUCUCCUUGAUUUCCAAGACGUCAAAUGCCUCUCCCUAGUCAACAGGGAGGCCUACUCGUUUACUGUGCCAUCUAUUUUCCGGCACGUCAAAAUACCCGACUACGAGGCACUGCGCAUCUAUCUGUCCUCUGUUCCCAAAUCGCACAACCAGUACAUUCGCCGACUCCAUAUAUGCACGACGAACAGUGUUGAGCAGUUGGUUGCCCUGCCUGUCGAUGGCCAUCCCGUUACGGACGCAGUGGCUGAGCUGCUUGCUCACUGUUCCCAGGUGGAACAGCUGACGCUCGACCUGGCAGCUUCGCUGCACCGCACAAUCAUACCUGUCCUCACCAUCAAUCAUUGCGGAGAUGAGCAGCGGGCACCAUUGAGCGAACGCCUCGUCGUGGCCAUCGCAGCGUCUCUGCCCAGCCUCUCGCAACUGUCACUCGACCGAAUCACGCGGUCCGCCCUGCAUGCACCCGAACUUGUCGGCGUGUACCCCUUCGUUCCGGUGGUAGCGGGGGAUGAGGACAUCCCCGACCACCCUCUCCUUGGGUCAGAGCUCCGCCUGCCCUCUCUGCUCUGCCUGCCCACCCUGAGGAGGCUCCGUAUCCGCGACACCCACCUUGGCGACCCACAGUGGUCGUCGAUGCCCGUUGCAUGUGCGCUCGAGGUGCUCGACCUCGGCAGCUGCUACCACGCAUCACCGGACUUCAACCGAGAGUGCACCGAGCGCAUCAUGGGCAAUGUCGGCCAUACCGUCGACGAGUUCGCGCUCAACACCGCCCUCACGCCGCAGACGUUCCAGUACGCGCAGCACAGCGAGACGCCGCUCAAGCGUCUCCGGAAGAUCCACCUCACGCCCCUCUUCCCCGUGGAGAACGUCGUCGAUACGCUGAGCACGCUCGUGCAGUGCUACGAAGACGACGUGCUCGACAUCUGCUCCGCGCUGUGCGACUUCCUCAGUCUGCGGGCGGAGCGCGGCGAGCAGGCGCUCUACAAGCAUCUCACGGAAAUCACUGUGAAGACCGUGAGCGAUCUCGCAGACGGGCUGUACGGCCCGUUUGCGCUCGACACUAAGUCCUCCGCCGCCGUCGCCGCACUCCCGCAGGAGUGCGCGAAAGCUGUUCGCGAGCUGCAGGACUUCCUCCGCGACCUUCGUAGCGCCGGCGAGAACGGACCGACGUCGGGUCCCGCUCUUUCGACGAGUGCCACUGACAGCGACAUUGAGAAGCCGUCACCGCCACAGGCCGACCAAACCCCCGUGGAGGCAUGAGCUAUUCGUAUACCCCUUUUUAGAUCAUUGGGACUUGUCUUUAUGGAGUAUAUAUGUCAGCCUGUAACUUAAGGAGAGUAUAGAAGCACGGAGGCCGCAGUGAUACCCAUAUGCAUGUCUUGUACAACAGGAAC